GCGCCGCCGCUGAGGAUGAAGAGGUGCGGCCGCCGCUCGGGGCCGCCGCCGCCGUUGCUGCUGCUGCUGCUGCCGCCGAUGCUGCUCGCGGUGCCCGGCGCUGGCGCGGCCCGGCUCUCGGCGCUCUACUCGUCCUCCGACCCGCUGACGCUGCUGCAGGCGGACACGGUGCGCGGCGCCGUCCUCAACUCCCGCAGCGCCUGGGUGGUGGAGUUCUUCGCCUCCUGGUGCGGCCACUGCAUCGCCUUCGCCCCGACGUGGAAGGCGCUGGCCAACGACGUUAAGGACUGGAGGCCAGCACUGAACCUUGCUGCCCUAGAUUGUGCUGAUGAGUCGAAUACUGCCAUCUGCAGAGACUUUAGCAUUUCAGGCUUCCCUACUGUGAGGUUCUUUAAGGCCUUUUCCAAAAGUGGAGUUGGAACAACGUUACCAGUGGCUGGAGCUGAUGCGCAGACCCUGCGGGAGAGGCUCAUUGAGGCCCUGGAGUCCCACCGUGACACAUGGCCCUCAGCUUGUCCACCACUGGAACCUGCCAGGCUGGAAGAGAUUGAAGGAUUUUUUGCAAGAAACAAUGAAGAGUAUCUGGCCCUGGUCUUUGAAAAGGAAGGCUCCUACCUGGGUAGAGAGGUAACUCUGGACCUAUCCCAGCACCAAGGCGUGGUGGUGCGCAGGGUCUUGAACACGGAGGGCAAUGUGGUGAGCAAGUUUGGUGUCACUGACUUCCCAUCUUGUUACCUGCUGUUUCGGAAUGGCUCUGUCUCCCGAGUCCCUGUGCUGGUGGAAUCCAGGUCCUUCUACACUGCCUACUUGCAGAGGCUCUCUGGGCUCACCAGGGCGGCUCCCCAGACCACAGCUGUACCUACCAUUGCUGACAAGGUAGCACCCACGGUGUGGAAAUUGGCCGAUCGCUCCAAGGUCUACAUGGCUGAUUUGGAAUCUGCGCUGCACUACAUCUUGCGGACAGAGGUGGGCAAAUUCUCAGUCCUGGAGGGGCAGCGCCUAGUGGCCCUGAAAAAGUUUGUGGCAGUGUUGGCCAAGUAUUUCCCUGGCCAGCCCUUGGUCCAGAACUUCCUGCACUCAGUCAAUGACUGGCUUAAGAGGCAACAGAAAAAGAAAAUUCCCUACAGUUUCUUUAAAGCUACCUUGGACAGCAGAAAAGAGGACACUGUUCUUGCCAAGAAGGUGAACUGGGUUGGCUGCCAGGGGAGUGAGCCACAUUUUCGGGGCUUUCCCUGCUCCCUGUGGGUCCUCUUCCAUUUCCUGACUGUGCAGGCAAGUCAGCAAAGUAUAGACCACUCGCAAGAGCCAGCCCCAGGCCAGGAGGUCCUCCAGGCCAUCCGGAACUAUGUGCGCUUCUUCUUUGGCUGCCGGGACUGCGCUGACCACUUCGAGCAGAUGGCUGCUGGCUCCAUGAACAGGGUCCGGAGCCCGAAUGAGGCCGUUCUCUGGCUCUGGUCUGGCCACAACAGAGUCAAUGCUCGCCUCGCAGGUGCCCCCAGUGAAGACCCGCAGUUCCCCAAGGUGCAGUGGCCACCUCCUGAACUCUGUUCUGCCUGUCAUAAUGAACUCAGUGGGGACCCUGUGUGGGACCUGGGCGCCACCCUCAACUUCCUCAAGGCCCACUUCUCCCCGCAAAACCUCGUUCUGGACUUUCCUACAGCUGGGCCAGCCCCCCGGAGGGGUGCACAGAGUUUGGCAGCUACCCCAAAGCUGGGGGUGGGAGUGCUGGAAAUGGUGACCAGAAAUUCAACACUGGGUCCUGAGCAGGCUGAGCCCAAAGAGUCCCCUGGAGCUGCAGUCCCAGAUGUCCCAGCUGAGAGACCUGAGGCAAGUGGCACCCCAGAGCUGCCUGCUGGCCUUGCGGUGAGCACAGCUGCUCCUGAGCACAUGGAAGAGCUCCAGAGUGGCGUGCUGGAGCAGCCCCAGGAGCAGCGACAUUUCAACAAGCGAGACACCAGGGAGCUGUUGGCUGGGGCCUGGGCUGAGGAGAACCACAGAGGCCCUGCAGCACUGAGGCAAGGAGGCCGAAGCUCCAAGCAGCUAGCCCACAUCCCUGAGGGGGAGCCAAAGGCUCUAGCGGUGUCAGGCCACGGCCAGUGGCUGCAGGUGCUAGGAGGGGGCUUCUCCCAUCUGGACAUCAGCCUCUGUGUGGGGCUCUACUCCCUGUCCUUCAUGGGCUUGCUGGCGGUGUAUACCUACUUCCGGGCCAGGAUGAGAGCCCUGAAGGUCCAUGCUGGUCACCCUGCAGCCUGAACCAUUCAGCUUGUGAGGGGCAGGAAAGAGAGCUGCCAUCUCUUGGGCUCUUCUGGCCCCUUGCCCCCUUGCCUUCUUCCAGCCUCUGCCCCUGUCCAGCCCAGGAGGGUGGGAAGUCCAGGAAAACCAGUUGCUCAGGUGAACCCCCUGGGUCUGCUGGGAAGGAGGGUUCCGUAGACACAAAAGACAGGAGCAGGUCCAGGUGCAUUGCCCUGCGGCAGGAGGGCAGCCUCUGGCGUGGGGCUUAGGCGCAAGCCCUGGCCUCUACACCACAUUCCUGUUUUCCAGCUUAUUUGAAGCCCUGCCUGGUUCUUGCUGAAGCCUCAAUUUCUUCUGUUUGGUCUUAGUCCUAAAUUGGGUCAAGUGAGCCUAGAAUUUCAAAGGUGUCUCAUCUAGAGGAGGGCCCCCCCAGGCUGGGUGGGCUGAGUGGACCUCCUCACUGUAUUCCAGGGUUCCAUCCACCCCUCUCCCUCUGGCACAAAGAGGUCUCUACGCCUGAAAAAAAAAAAAAGGGACCCCCCUCAGACCCUUUCUGGCCUGCCUAGCCUUUAGCUCCUCAGAUCUGCCUGGGGCUCUUGGCUUGGGAUGGGGUUGGGGGGACUGGAGGCUUCUGGAAAUAAUGCUUUCUAGGUGAAGAUGUCUGCUACAAGAAGAGUGUAGGUUGGGGUUGGUGUGGCCUUGCCCCGCUGGGCAGGUGACAGUUGCUGGGCUGAAGGUAUGUGGCUUACUUGGUGGCCUGAGGGGGUGGUGGUAGGGUGUGGGGAAGGGUGCUGGAUCUUCAAUGCCAAGGCACUUAGCUGUUGCCUUUUCCCCAUCGGGCUCUACCCCUCUCAGCUGGGUCUUUUUUUUUUUUUUUUUUUUCCCAUGCUAACUUUCAGAUGUGGAGGGUGCUGGGCUGACAGGGGAGUGUCCUGUCUUUCAGGGUUCCACCUCCCAGGGAUAGAGGUUUAAAGGGUCUGAGGAGGAUGGGCUGUACACAUGCUGAUUCCCACUCCCCACUGCUUGGGAGGCUACGGAAUAAAUUAUUCUUGCUAAGCCA